AUGCAAAGAUUAAACUGUUCGUUAUGCAAUCAAUCAGUUCCUGGAGCAUUAAAUGGUUUAAGUAGGCAUCUAGUUAAAGAUCAUGUCUUGUCGAUUAAUCGGGGCAUGGGUGAUUCAGGGUUCCAGUGUGGUCAAAAUGGUUGUCGGCGUCGUUUUAGAUUUUUUUAUUCAUUGAGGAGACAUAUUGAAAAAAAACAUUUGAAUAAUGUGGAUGAUAACGAUGAAGCUGGAAAUGAGGAUAUUGAAGUUGAUAAUAAUAUUCGAGAACAACAAUUCGGUGAUCUUGAAGUGAACUAUGAAGCUGUACAUGACGAGGAAAAUGAACAAGACAGUGAUGGAGAAUCAGUAGCUGGUGAUGUAGACAAUAAUGACAUGGACUUUGACUUGAAAAAAUAUGUGAUUCGAAUGAUUGCCAGAUUUCAAUGCAAGCCUUCAAUGACCUCAAGUUUAUUAACUGAAGUUGUAGAUGAAUGUGAACAACUUCUGGUAAACACAUGUAAUUUUCUAAAGCAUAAAGUUGAGCGAUUUUUUGAUGUGCAAGAAUUGCUAGAUGAUAAUGAAGCACAGAAUGUCUUAAAAGCUUUCGAAUUUGACGGCCCUUUCGAUGGAUUAAAAACAUCAGAACAACAAAUUGAUACCUUAAAGCAGUACUUUAGUUACAUAGAACCUAUAGAAAUUCCUUUAGGGUACAGACCUGAUAGUGUACUUGAUCGAAAAACCAGUACAUAUAAACCAAAAAUGGUAAUGGAAACUUGUCAAUACGUACCUAUUAUUAGUACUUUAACUUUGGUAAUUGCUAAAUGGGGAGGAAAAGAUGUUAAAUUGAAUCGAAUGAUGACUACAAAUGGACGAACUGUAUUUGUGGAAGACACUGCCAGUAAAGAGGCUCUGUAUGACUUUGAUUAUAUUGAUACUGAUCGAGUGUUUCGUUGUAAUUCUGCUAAAGUAAAUGGAGUAGAAUUUAGAGUAGGUUUAUAUGUAUGCUUAGAAGCUUCACACCUUCGAGAUGAUAACUUACCUUCAUUCGGAUGCAUAAAAGAAAUUAUUAUUUUGAGGAAUACUGAUGUUUAUUUAUUUAUUUCAAAAUAUACGACAACAGAGUUUGAUGAAGCAGUCAAUGCAUAUCACAUUACUCACAAUGAUAAUGACGCAGAUGAAAUUUUUAUAAAAACCUCUAUACUUGCUCAUUUCAAGCCAAUCUGUUGUUGGACUAAACAAAGUUCAGAUAACUUGUACAUCAAUGAAGAUAUCGAUGGUGCGGCAUUUCUUCAGCUAACAAAUCAAGAUUUGUCUCAAUUAAAGAUAAAAAUGGGACCAAAAAAAAAGUUAUUAGCUUUAAUUGAUUCAUUGAAUCAAGAAAAAAUAACAGGAUCUUACAUUAUUGACUCAAGUGGAGUACUGGAAAAACAGACACAAAAUGAGACUGUUUGUUCAACUCCUCCGAUAAAUGUAAGUUUGUCAAGAGCAUCAACGUCCGGCGUAACAUCAUCACUAUCCAGUCCUAAACUUACUCCAACUUCAUGUACACUUUCAACAAGUGUCGUAUCGUCAAAUACUUUUUCAAGAUAUGGUACCGUUGAAAAUACAUUAAAAGAGCAUCAACAAGGAAAAGAAAUUCUAUCAGCCAUUCGUGGAACAUGCAGUGAAGGAGAUCGAAAAUGUUUUGUUCGAAUCCUAGUCGGUGAACUAGUCAAGACUCACAACGAUACUACCCUCCAAAAGAAGCAAAAAUCGCUUUGGCCAAAGCGAUCAUUAAAGAAUUCCCAAAACUUAAAGAUAAGAAGCAACCUAAUGGCUACUCGGUCUUGGAUUAACGAACACUAUUUUAAUCCAAAAUCUGGUAAUGAUCGGGGUUUUAUUGAGAACCGUCUUUUGACAAUCAGGAAAUUACUCAGCCCGACAAAAAAAAAAUAUGCU